AUGGAUCAGGAACGUGCCAGUUACAUCAGGGGAGCCAGUAAGUCUUGACUCUUCUUUUUUGGCAUUAUGUCUACAAAAAAAUCAACGGUUUUUCUUGUAAAAGUGAUCCAGAUUACAGUACUCUGACGACUGUGUGCUCAUCUUUAUCAUAAUUUUUUAAUUUUAGUCCAGAGAGGUCCAGGGAAGCGUCAAAUCAAGCCAACGGCCGCUGCUCUGGCUGAUAUCCAUGUAGAAGACGAAUCUGACGAGGACUUUAAUCGUACGUUCGCUUAUUUUUUGCAGUAUUUCUGAAUUUAGCUGAGGAAAGUGGAUCCGAACAAGAAUCGGAUGAAGGUGAUGGAGAAGAUGAUGAUGCCGAAGAUAUGGAUGAAGAAGACGACGAGGAAGACGAAGAAGAAGAGGAGGAGAGCGAGAAAGAAGUAAGGGGGUAUUUUUAUCAUUUUAAGACGUUUAUUUUUCGUAUUACGUUCAUACUUUUUAAGUCCGAAUUUAUUUGCACAAUCUGUUUAAACCUGCGGAAGAGCGAAGGAGACAAGGUGAUUCAGUGUGAUAAGUAAGCCUUUCGUUGACUUUUUGUUUAGAUAAUUUCUUCAACUUUCUUCUAUUUCAAAUAAAUACAUAUUAAGAUGUGGAGUGGCCGUUCACGAGUCAUGUUAUGCGGUGGAUGAUUAUAUUGAUGAUGACGUCUCAAUUGUCUCCAAUUUCUCGACCGAGCCCUGGUUCUGUGAGCCUUGUUUAUACGGAUAUACGGAGCCUCCGCAUUGCGAGCUGUGUCCUCGCCGUUUCGGUGCUUUUAAGAGAGCGGAUGUUGGAGGGAAAUUUGUGCACCUUGUAUGUGCCUUAUACACGGCUGGUGUGAGCUUUGGAGAUGUGGACAAUUUGACAGCAGUUAGUUGGCAGGAAAUCGAUUAUCGCCGGUUUGGAAGGAAAAGUUGCAAUGCCUGUACGAGUAUGCUCGAAGCCAGAACAGGAAUUGUCACCUGUUGUGAAGCCGGGUUAUGUAAACAGCAUUAUCAUAUCACUUGUGCUCAAAAGUAAGUUAUUUUUGGGUAAAUUUAUUUAAUCUUAAAGUCGUCAAUUUAAUAUUACGCUUGAUAAGGGGUUUUCGAUUGUUUUAGAAUGGGAUUUCUGAUGGAUGCCGACUUUGAGCAUUCCCACCAACCGUCCUCAAGCUCAGAAUCACAUAUGGAACCUCAUCCUCACUUUAUUUUAUGCAAAACUCACAAUGCUUCUGAAGUUGUACAAAAAAAGAGAUUCCAAUAUUUGAAGAUGAUAAAACAAGAGGAAAAGAGAAUGGCCAGACUAAAAUUUAAGAAGCUAAAUAAUCGAGAAGAAAACAAGCUCCGUUCUCAAAGAAAACAUUACGAAACUCGAAUGGAAAACUUCAGAAAUGUCACCGUCCACAUGCCCUCGGUAUAUAAUUUAGCUAUGUUAAUUAAAUCUUUUGUUUUACAUUGUUAUGGAUCUAUUUUAGAUAGAAAACAAACGCCAAAGAUUGAUGCACACGAAUGCCGGGAUUUUGGAGGGAUUUGCCGAGAAAGCCGAACUCUUGGGACUUUCCAAGAAGGAUUUUGAAGAGAGUUUUACUCGAUUGGAUCCAUCAGAAAUCACUCAGAUGGCUCCUGCAUUUAGUCAUGAUUUCAUCAGGUAUUAUAUCGGCAUACGAAUUAUGUUUUGCUAGGUAUUACAACAAUCGGGAGGUGAAUGUUUUCAAUGAGGAAUUGGAAAGAUUGGAGGAUAACAAAAGAGAAUUCGUUAUGCUCGAAAGAGAAGAAAAGGAUCUGCAGAAGAUCUUGGAAGAUGCCAAAGAAAGGAAAAGAUCUGGAAAGGAGAAACAGCACGAAGAAGAGGUGAACAGCUUGUUCAAGAGAUACUUGGCCUUCUUCAAGAAAAUGCCUAUUCGAUUCGACCGGUCGACCGAGCCCGGAAAGAAAGAAAAAUCGGAAAGAGAAGCGGCAAAGAAUCCGUAAGUUGUGAACAUAAUUUUGUAGAUUUUUUAAAUUCGAGUUUUGUUUAAUUUUGUUGUAGGCCCAGGAAGAAACCGAAGAUGGCUGCCUCCGACCCGUACAAAGCCGACUCCCGACCUCAAUCCUCCUCUGCCAACUCACUUACCCCCAGUGAUCUCUCGACUCCACCUCCUUUAACCUCAGUGUCAGACUCGAGAAGCGCCUCUGAAGGAAUGGGUGACCAUUAUCUGGACGAGCGUCCUGUUCUCAUCCCCAUGAUCGCCCAAAAUGGGGAGAUGCCAAAGAAGUCUCGCAGUCAACGAUCUAAACGAGUUCUCAAGGUCUGAAUGUGUUAAUAUUAUAUUGUUGAUCUCCUAUAAACAAUGCAAAUUUUUCGUUAGCUAUUUUACAGUCAGUCGUGGUGAAUGUGGUAGUUCCUUGUGUUAUUUUGGGCGUAAGGUCAUAAUUGAUUUUUAAAAUGUAGAUGAGUCAGAGAGAAGUCGCGAAAUUCCCUCUAAUUCUCUACAAAAGGAUACUAAGGUACGUAAAAUUAUCGUAUCUUUUAUCUGAUGUUAGGUUACAUUAUGGACUUCCAAAAGAACUGAGGAUAAUGGGUGAUAGCUAUGUGAAGGACGAAUUCAGACGACACAAAGCGGCGAGUCCAGAACAAUCUCUUCUUUUUUUAAAGGAAUGGACGGUAAGAAGGGUUACUAUAAAGACAAGCUUGGUUCUAGUUAUACUGUACAGCUCUGUCAAAACAAUUGACACAAAAAGGAAUUGCUCGGGGCAAAUUGGGCGAUGAUUUGGAUCCAAGAUUACUUGACAAAUUCAGUGAUGAGCAAAUCCAACAACUUUAUGAACUCAAGUUGGAAUCAGAGGAAUGGAAAAAAGCAAAAUCUCGGUAG